AUGGAUCCGCUUAAUAUGACUGCUGAGCUGCUAGAUGUGGAUCCAACUGCUAAUGGAUUUCCACCUGAGCCAAUUUUCUCCGAUUAUUUGGAGAUGACGUCCCUAGUUUUGAUGUUCAUCAUUGGAGCUCCCCUUAAUCUGGCUGCGUACACGCAGGUAGGUAUAGUUUUGCUUAUAGUCACUAGGUUACAGAUAAAGAGAGACAUGGCUUAA